AAUGGUCGGGGUCGCACGCAUGCGCGGUUGGCUGCGUGUGAGCGUCGGCCUGUCCAUGCCACCGGCGCCUCCAGACAAUAACGGGUUGCGCCAUCGCCUGUCGGUUCCCUUUGUUUCAAGUAACGAGUCGCCGGCUCUCGCUCCUCGCUUCGGUCGGGCUUGAGGGGAUUCCGAAUCGCGAAGGCAACGCGGCGGAUCAUGUCGGGCGAUCAGAUCACGACGCUGUGCGAGCAGCUGAUGAAGGCGGUAAACGUGAUCAUGGACGGAGGCUCGAGUUCGCGCUACCGGCUGGAGGCCCUGAAGUUUUGUGAAGAGUUCAAGGAGAAAUGUCCACACACAGUGCAGUGUGGAUUACGUCUUGCUGAGAAAAACAAUACUGGUAUAGUCCGCCACUUUGGACUUCAGAUUCUGGAGCAUUCUAUUAAAUUCCGAUGGAAUGGCAUGGUGCAUCGUGAUAAGGUCCAGCUGAAGAAUAGUGUGAUGACUCUUCUUUCACGUGGUACUCAUAAUAUCAUGGUGGAAGAAGCUUACAUCAAAGAUGCACUUUCCCGGAUUGUGGUAGAAAUGAUCAAGCGGGAAUGGCCACAGCAAUGGCCAGAUAUGUUAAAUGAGAUGGAUAAACUUACUGCUAUGGGAGAGACUCAAACAGAACUAGUAAUGUUGAUUCUAUUGCGACUUGUAGAAGACGUGGUAACUUUUCAGACUAUACCUGCUCAGCGACGCAAGGAUAUCCAGCAUGCACUGACUCAAAAUAUGAUGCAGCUCUUCAGUUUUCUAUUAGACAUCUUGCAGGAACACACUCAGAAUUACAAACAACUGAAAGCAGAUACUACUCAAGAAAAUAAGGCCAAGGCACACUGUCGUGUUGCAAUAGCAACUCUUAGUACCCUGGCUGGAUAUGUGGAUUGGGUUGCUUUGCAUCAUAUUACAGCUGAUAGCUGCAAGCUACUUGAAGUGCUGUGUAUGUUACUAACUGAACCGGAAUUGCAGCUAGAGGCAGCAGAGUGUCUACUUAUUGCCAUAAGCAGAAAGGGUAAGCUGGAGGAUCGGAAACCUCUCCUGGUCCUCUUCAGUGAUGCUGCCAUGCAUUGUAUUUUGUCAGCUGCACAGACAGCUCAUGGAGCAGGGCUUGUGGAACAACACUACAUGUUUCUAAAGAGACUUUGUCAAGUACUUACAGCCUUGGGUGGACAGCUGACUGCACUGUGGGGUAGUGAUAAAGAUGUUGGCCAACCUCCUAAUUUCAACAAAUAUUUACAAGCGUUCUUGGCUUUCACUAAUCACCCCAGUCAGUAUUUAAGAUCUUCAACGCAGAUAGCUUGGUGCUCAUUCUUAAGACAUGAGCAUGUCUCUAAGGAUCCUGUUUUGCUGGAGGUUAUUCCACAAUUGUUACAUGCAACAAUGGCGAACCUUCUGAAGGUUGGAUUUCCUUCCAAGAGUGAUAGCCCAAGCUGUGAAUAUUCCCGGGUAGAUUUUGACAAUGAUGAAGAUUUCAAUGCAUUUUUCAAUUCAUUCAGAGCUCAACAAGGUGAAACCAUUAGACUCUCUUGCCGUCUGUCACCAAUGACUGGAUUCAACAUGGCUUCAGAGGCAUUGCAGUAUCAGCUUACAGCAGUCAUUGAUGUUGGUCCAACUAUGUCUAAGACUGGCAAAGGACUCUGUUCGAUAUUUUCGCCAUCUUUUGUGCAGUGGGAUGCAUUGACCUUCUUCAUGGAGAGUGUGAUGAGCCAGCUUUUCCGAACAAUGGAACCUGAGCAACUUCCAGUAGCAGACGGGAUUGAACUUCUGAAAGCUGUUUUAAGUUAUCAAACCCAUGAUCCCCUCAUCCUGUCUUGCAUCCUGACAGCUGUGUCCACACUUUCUCCCUUUCUUCUCCAUGAUGCCACUGUUCUGCCACAAGUUCUUGAAAAGCUCUUUGCAUCUGCUACUUUUGAAGUGGUUGAGGAAAGCCAGGCUCCAAGGACUAGAGCGGUGAAAAAUGUUCGCCGCCAUGCUUGUUCUUCUAUAUUGAAGAUGUGUAGAGAUCACCCAGAACUGAUUAUGCCAGUCUUUGAAAUGUUUUACGCCCACGUCAAACGUCUGCAGCAAGAUGAAAGGCAACUUACGCAGUUAGAGAAAUGUGCUUUAAUGGAAUCCCUCGUUCUUCUGAGCAAUCAAUUCAAGGAUUAUGAACGACAGAAAGCUUUCCUGGAGGAGCUUAUGGCCCCUGUCACUAACCUCUGGUUGUCUGAGGAAAUGCAAAGUGUGUUGUCAGAUCCAGCGAUGUUUCUUUCGUACAUUGGUGCGGACGUCACUCCAGAUGAUCCAAUUCGAGAAGAUCCAGCAGGCAUCAAUAGAUCUAGGAUCAGCUUGUGUGUUUACACCAUACUUGGAGUUGUGAAGCGGGCUCGCUGGCCUACUGACCUGGAGGAGGCAAAGGCCGGAGGGUUCGUGGUUGGAUUCACACCCAGCGGGGCUCCGAUCUACCGCAACGCCUGCACUGAGCAUGUCAUCAAACUUCUUGACAACCUGCUCGCCCUGAUAAGGACACAUAACAAUCUUUGGCUGCCAGAAAUGUUGGCCCAGCUCAGCCCACACUUCAUGAAAGCCCACGACAUGCUGGAAGUGGAAAAAAAUGCAAUCUUAGGUAUUCCACAGCCUUUGCUUGAUCAUGCCGAUGCUCCAGUCUACAAAUCUGUUCUGGAACGAAUGCAAGGAUUCUUCUGUACCUUGUAUGACAAUUGUUUUCAUAUCCUCGGGAAUGCUGGACCAAGUAUGCUUCAAGAUUUUUUCGACAUAAGUAAUUUUGCAGAAUCUGUAAUAAACUCUGCUUUUGUGAAUCUGGAGAAUAUUCCUGACUAUAGGCUCCGUCCAGUGCUCCGUGUCUUUGUGAAGCCUUUGGUCCAAUCCUGCCCACCUGAACAUUAUGAAGCUGUGCUGUGCCCAAUUCUUGGACCCCUAUUCUCCUAUCUACUGCAGAGACUGAGUGGCAAAUGGGUUGUCAUCAACCAAAGAGGCCUAUUGGAGGCUGAAAGUGGUGGUCCUGAGGAGAAUCCAGAGUCCCAAGAAAUGCUGGAUGAACAGCUAACACGCCUUCUCACUCGUGAAUCCAUUGAUCUAAUGACUGUAUGCUGUUGUGUUAAGAAGGGCCCAGAGUCUAUAUCAGGGGGAUAUGGAUGGGUUGGCUCAAGUUUGCGGAAUUUCUUCCCUAGAUGUUACAAAUCUGAAAUAGCAAAUGCUGGAAAUGUAUCUGGGCAGGCAGCAUUGUGGAGAGAAAUGGAAGUACAAGUCAGUGUUUCAGAUGAUGAAAUGAUGAACACAAAUGAUGGUCCACAUGUUGGAUCUGAAGAACUUACUGAUCUUGGAAAGUGUCUGCUCAAGUCUGAGGAAAUCUGUAAAGCAUUGUUGGCAACUGCUUACAGUGCUGUCACUUGGAAUGACACUAUAACGUGCCAACGAGCAACUCUGCAGCUCUGCUGGCCAUUGAUAAAGCAGGUAUUGUCUGCAACUCUACAUUCUGAUGCAGCCAGUUGGUUUUUCAUGAGUGUCCUUCGAGGGUUGCAGAUGCAUGGACAACAUGAAGGUUGCCUUGCAGCAUUGGUCAAUCUUGCUUUCAUGAUAUAUGAGGCACUGAGACCACGUUAUCCUGAAUUAAAAACAGUGAUGCAGCAGGUUCCUCAAAUCUCUGGCGAUGCUUUGGAUCAGUUUGAUACAAAACUUCUGAACCCAUCGUCUCAUAAAAUGGGGGAUAAAAGGAGAAAAGAUCUCUUUAAGAAACUCUUGUCAGGCUGCAUUGGGAAACCACUUGGGCAGAAGUUCAAAAAAGAGGUACAUAUCAAAAACUUGCCCUCCCUUUUCAAGAAACCGAAACCACAGUCUACUACACCGAUAGAAGAAACGACUGAAGACAAUGUCCUUACUCCACUCUUUGAUCCAAGAGCUCAGGACAUAUAAAGAGUACUUGGACUCUGUUACUUCCACUCUUGCUUAUGGGGAAAAAAAUGGACCUUUUUUAUGUUGAUUUUAACGUAGUCUGUCUUUAGUUGUAAAGUGUUUAUCAACAUUAGCAUAGUGGAAAUUAGCAUCAAAUGGCAAUUUUAAGAUGACUCAACUUAAAGACUUUUAUGAAGCCUACUAUAACAAAUUAGUAGCCAGAUAUUUCUGCUAAUUAGUUGAUUGCUGAUGGUGAAAGUUAAGCCCCAGAAAAACAGCUUCACUAUUCAUUCUACUAUCCAACCUGAAUAAACUUUGUAAUGCAUUUUGUGGUUGAAAGAACUAUAAACUGAUUGUGGUAUAUUGUUAUGAAAUGCCUUAACCUUUUCAAAAAUUGAAUUCAUAGAUUGGGUUUGCAGCAAUCUGUUUUCCAAGUGUUGUAUCCUGACAAUGUCUGUGCUCGCUGUAUUUAAAAAAAAAUCAGAAUACAUUGAAGUUUUGUUAAACUAUUUUGUAUGCCAUUGUUUAAUAUUAAACUUGUCUGUCCAGUUUUGUGUAUGGAAGUUUAUCUUGAAUGCAUGUCAAGAAUCAGACCCACGUUAUUGCAGAAGAUUGAUUUUUAAAAAAAAUCAAGUCUCAUGAGUUCAGAAGCAGAAAAUAAUGGGAACCAGUAACUUCAUUUUAAAAUGUUUCUUAGCUUUUGUUUAGUAUUAUCAUAUUGCACCACCUUCCAUGUGUUUUAAAUGUAGAUUUUGAAAACAAACUGGAAAUUAACAUUAAAGCAAUGGCUGUUUUUGUUCCAUGAAUUCUUGUGGAAGAGUCUUUUAUAGUGGCUGUAAAGGAGACCAAAUCUCCACGAUUGUUUUUCUUUCUAUUGUUUUUCCCAGCUGCGUGGAACCUGUAGUCAGAGCUCACCUGAUUAGUAAUUGAUUAAAACAUCAAAGUAUUUGGUUUAAUCAACUUAUUUUUUCCUCUCUAUUUUGGCAUAUUAUUAACUGAAAAAACUGUUCACUUUUGGAAGUACUAAUGGACUCCUGUUAUUGCAAUGAACAUUGUGAUCUAUAUUUUUUUUAAAGAAUGAAUUUAAUAGAACAUGUCAGCAUUUGGCACAUAUUCAGUACAGGUCAAAUUAGUUUCUCACAUUUUAAAAGGAACUGCCAACUAUAAAAGAGCAUGAGAUGUUAAACUUUGAAACCCAUCAUUGUUUAUGUCUGCAACAUGGCAUGUCAAGUUGCAUUGCUUUUUAUUUAUACCUCAAGCACUUGCAUUGCAUGUUUCCUUAGGGUAAUUUUUAAUUUCUGGUCUGGCUUCAAAAUUAGUUAAGUGUAAUGCACAUAAUGAUGGCCUAUAAUGCUCCUUUGGGUUGAGUACCAUAAAAUGCUACUCAACUUUCUGACCUUUGAACUUCAAAAAAACAUUAUUUAACUUUCCUCAGUUUUUUUUUCAAACUUAAUACAGGAAUGAUAAUGAACUGGGAGAAAAUACUGUCAUUUUUGCUUUGAUUUUUAUUUCAAUAAAAUGAAUUUUAGACUCUG